UUGUCCCGCAUAUACCGUCGACCCGCCGCGCCAAACGGACCUCCUGCCCCAGCGUCCAUACCCGACACAGAGAUCCAUCGGCCACUGCUGCUGCUGUUGCCGUUGUUGUUGCUGCCACCGAUGCCCGCCAUGGAUCAAUCCCUAGCGGUGCCGUCCGAGGUGCGGGUGACGCGCCCCACCCUCACUGUGCCCCGCCGCUCCCACCUGUACGACUACUGCCCCGAGGAACGCCCAGGUCUGCGGAAGAGGCUACAGAAGCGGGCGCAGGCGUGUGGCAGGUGCUCCCGCGGGCGUGUGUGGGGGACGGUGAAGAGCCGUCUGCCCAUCCUCGACUGGCUCUUCAAGUACAAUCCCCGCCAGGCCUUCCUUGGGGACCUCAUCGCCGGCCUCACCGUCGGCGUGAUGAGCAUCCCGCAAGGGAUGGGCUACGCCUUAAUGGCCGACCUGCCCCCCAUUACGGGCAUCUACGCCAGCAUCGUCUCCUCGCUGAUCUACAUGUUCCUGGGCACGUCAAGCCACGUCUCCCUCGGGCUGGUGGCGUCCCUGUGCAUGCUGACUGGGAAGGUGGUGGCGGACCUGGCCACCCUCGACGCUCCGCCCACAGCCAACGCCACGGACUUCUACUCCACCUCCACCGCACCGCAGAGCCCCGAGGACUUCACUACUUAUCACUUCAGCGACUACGCCGACUUCAACAUCACCGCCGACCCGACCUACAGCCCCAUCCAGGUGGCUUCAGCGCUGGCCAUCAUCGCUGGGAUGUGGCAGGUGAUGAUGGGCGUGUUCCAGCUCGGGGAGGUGUUCACUAUCCUGCUCUCAGAAAUGGUCAUCUCGGGCUUCACCACCGGCGUCGCUUUCCAUGUCCUCACCUCUCAGGCCAAGAACUUGCUGGGCAUCGCUGUGCCCCGCUACUCCGGCCCCUUCAAGGCCUUCUACACAUACCGAGACCUGUUCAAGAAUCUGUUAAACGCCAACCCGGCGGCGCUGGUGGUGUCGGCGAUCUGCAUGGUGGUGCUGGUUGUCAACAACGAGGUGAUCAAGCCCAAGAUGCGGAAGGUGAGCCGCAUCCCCCUGCCCAUCGAGCUGCUGGUGGUGGGCGUGGGCACGCUGGCCAGCUACCUGCUCAACAUGAAGGACAACAAUAACAUUGCGGUCAUCGGCCACGUGCCCAAAGGGUUUCCCAAGCCGUCCAUGCCCCUCCUCGAGCUGGCCCCAAGCAUGCUUCUGGACACCUUCCUCGUCGCGAUGAUCGGCUACACCUUGGCGAUUUCCAUGACAAAGAUCAUCGCCAAGAAAAAAGGCUACACGAUCGACCCCACCCAGGAGAUGUACGCCCAGGGCUUCAUCAACUUGUUCGGGUCGUUCUUCUCCUGCGCACCCAUGUCCGUGUCGUUGUCAAGGUCGAUGGUUCAGGAGGCGGCGGGCGGCGUCACCAACAUCACCUGCUUCUUCACCAGCGGCUUCCUGAUCGCAGUGCUCUACUCCAUUGGGCCACUCUUUGAGUCGCUCCCCAUCUGUGUGCUGUCCUGCAUCAUCUUGGUGGCGCUCAAGGGACUAUUCCUGCAAGUGCACGACCUGUUCAGGCUGUGGUCGUCCUCUCGCCCGGACGCCGUCAUCUGGCUGGUGAGCUGCCUCAUGUCCAUGGUGGUGGACCUGGACUACGGGCUGCUGGCGGGCGUGGUCACCUCCCUGAUGGUGCUGCUGCUUCGCGCCCAACGGCCGCCCACUGCAAACCUCGGACACGUGCCCUCAACCGACCUCUACCUUGACCUGGACAGGUACCACAAGGCGGUGGCGGUGCCCGGCGUAAAGAUCUUCCAGUUCGGCGGGCCACUCCACUUCGGCAACGCCCCUUACUUCCGCUCCAGCCUCUUCUCCACAACGGGCCUUGACCUCGACGCCCUCAAGGCUACUAACACUUCCUCCCCCAAGACGGAGGAGCCGCCUACUGACGCUUCCCUGUACAAGGUGGAAAAAGAAAUGGUUGUCGUUAUAAUCGGGCCUGAAUUGAAGACUACACCGCCCAGCAAGAGCGAUGCACCGAAAGACUACGACAGUCAAGAGGAUGUCGGCAUAUACGGCAGCAAUAAGGAUAUGAGCGAAGGGGGGAGCAACAGGGACGACAGCGAUCACGAUGACGUCAGUCACUACGAUACAGUCCGUGACGACGCAAUUCAAAAUGAGAAAAAUGAAAUGCAUGCUUACCAAGGUCAGCAAGACGACACAAUUCAAAUUGAUGUUACACAAAACGAUGGAAGCAAUGAUGUCAGCGACGACGAUGACGACACAAGUGACAGUGGCGUUAGUCAGGUCACCACGCAGGAAGCCACCAGCGCCUCGCCCUCCACCCCGCGUCUCGCAGAGCGGACUCUGGGGAUGAUGAACGACGACGCAGCCAGCACCGUAUCAGCCAGCCCAUCGCUCACAGACAUGACAGUGGUUGACGCAGUCAACACCUUCCCCUCCUGCUCCAGACUCACGGACACAGAAGGGACGCUGGUGGCCAACAGUGGCGCCGCCAAGGAGUCCACCUUUAUCACGCUGCUGGUGCCCCGCUGGCUGGUGCUCGACUUUACCCUCGUCAGCUUCGUAGACUCGGCGGGCGCCGCCGUCCUGAAGCAGCUGCACCGCGACCUCCAGAUCGCCGGGGUCAAGCUGUGCCUCGCCUCAGCCUCAGACAGGGUACUGCAAGCCCUUGAAAAGUGCGGCGUCCUGCAGGAGAUCACCAGUGACCUGAUCUUCCACUCCAUACAUGACGCAGUGGCAGUCAUCACCUGCACCAAGGCUCACCAGGCCAAGGAUGACCUGCAAAAGUCAUAGUCGACGCUAAACACGGACAAUAACAGCCGCAACAGCACCACCAAUAGAGACAAGAGCCGCCCGACGCGUGCUCGCCGCGUAUAUAGCUGCAGGGGUGCUGGUCGCUGGACAAUGCUCACCCGGAUCCUGGCUGAUCCCCCUCCCUCCCACUUCGCCGAAGGUCUCCUCGGGGCCGCACAGUCUCCCGAUAACUCAUCUGGAGCUCGUCGUCACUCUACAAUAACUUAUUCACCCUCAUUUACUUGGCUUUUUCCUGGGUACAAACAGCCCACACUUGAGUAUCGGCCAGCGCCGCCUGUCUAACGUGGAUUUACUCUUCAAUAUACUUUUAAACCUUUCAGAGCAUCCACUGACCCGUCGUGUUGUUUGCAUCGCCGUGAACAUUUAUUGAGACCACUGUGUAACACUGCUAACCCACCAGCCUUCUUUAUACAGGAGGGUAAUGUAGUGCGAGAGAAUAAAACUUCGCCAUAAUUUCAUGUAUAUACAUAGAUGCACUAAGGCUAUUAGAGCAAAGUGACCAGGAAAAAUGUAAAUGGAAGGCAGUUUUUUAUAUUUUAAGUGGAAUAUUUUUUAUACUUUAUGCAUAUUCAUAUCAUAUCAACUCACUUAUAUUCAUGUUAAGACACGAACCUCAUCAUCUCACUCACAGCAGGAACAGCAGCUGACCGCAUGCCGGCGCCUGCCAACGCUCAGGACGACUGUCUGCUAUCUUGAUCUCUUCCCCUCCGGUGUGUUGCAGGACGCACUCUGCUCCUCUCAUAACUCAAGUGUACAAACGUGUUCCUUGUUGAUCCACCGCCCAAUGAUGCGCUUGUCACUCUUUGUACAGACACUUUCAUUCACGUUAUGUUCAUUAUGCUACCAUUUAAGUAUUACCUGUAAAAAUAAAUGAUAAAGCAAC